AUGGUGAAGAAGGAAGGCAAACAGCAAGAGAAUGGUAAGGGAGACGAACAAAGAAAAAAGAAUGGUAAAGGAGACGAACAAAGAAAGAAGAAAAUGAACGAACAACAGGGAGGCGAAUGGCAAGGAAGGAAGAGGAAGCAAGGAAGACAAGACGAACAAGGAAAGCGAAUGGUAAAGAAGAAAGAAAAACGGCAAGAGAAUGGUAAGAGAGGCCAACAAGGAAAGAAAAAACAAGAAAGACAAGAUGAACGGCAAGAAAAGCAAAUGAAGAAGCAAGAAAGACAAGACGAACAAGGAAAGCAAAUAGUGAAAAAGGAAGCGAACGAACAACGGGAGAAACAAAUGACAAGGAAGGAAGGAAAAUGGCAAAAGAAUGGUGAGAGAGGCCAACAAGAAAAGAAGAAGCAAGAAGACAAGACAAACGGCAAGAAAAGCGAAGACAAAACGAAUGGCAAGGAAAGCGAAUGGCGAAAAAGGAAGGCAAAUGAUAAGAGAAUAAUGAGGAGGCGAACAAAAAAAAUAGAAAACAAACGGCAAGAGAGGCAAAUAAUAAGGAAAAGAAGCGAACAAAGAAAUAAUAAAACGAACGAACAACGGGAGAAACAAAUGACAAGGAAAGAAGGAAAACGGCAAGAGAAUGGUGAGGGAGGCCAACAAGGAAAAAAGCAAGGAAGACAAGACGAACGGCAAGGAAAACGAAUGGUGAAGCCAGAAGAAGAAGCAAGGAAGACAAGACGAACAAGGAAAGCGAAUGGUGAAAAAGGAAGGCGAAUGGAGAAGCAAAUGGCAAGAAAGGAAGGAAAACGGCAAAAGAAUGGUGAGGGAGGUCAACAAGAAAAGAAGAAGUAA